CAAGAAUUUAGUCACGCGUUCGUACUGGCUCACGGUGAGCAACACGUUUCUUUGUUGCAAGGAAUUUUUACGUGACGAAUCAAACCUUGAAAAUCUUCUUCAAUCGACGGAGGAACUUCCAAUCCAGAUACAACAGCAACAGAUCAAAGCAUCACCAAGAAUUUAAGAAACGUAACGCGCAGAUACAAGCAGAAUCUAUAUCGUAUCAAGAGACUGAGAUGCCGUUGGCAACUUUCACCUGUUUCCCCAGGCUACCUCUCGAGCUCCGACGAAAAAUCGUCAGAACCGCCGCGCUAGGCACACCGAUCGUUGCAGCAGAGAUCGGGAGUAAUAAAACAAGAAUGAAUACCAUAACUCGCGAAGAAUGUCUAAAAGUCCUCAUAGCUCACCACGAGCCAAAACUUGGAGAGCCGAAACUUUACUUCAAUGAAUCAAAUGGUAUAUUAUGGAGCAUCAACUUUGACGAAAUGACAUUUACCAAUAAAUUCGACGCUUUCGUUCCCGAUCCACAGAAUGGAAAAAAGCCCAAAAUCCAGACCUUGGCGACAGGAUGGGAGAUGUGGCCAAAACUGCGCUCCCAUGGCGGAAAUAUGUACAGCUUGAUGGCCAUAUUAAGAAACAUGCGGAAGAUUGGAAUUCAAGAGGUUCUGAUAGUGACGAAACCUUCGGGAAAGUUCUCUACGCCGUGGGAAUAUAGUAAUGUCGAGUUUCGAGGUGCCGAGGAGUUCGACCCCAAAAAUGAGCCAGUACACUGGGAUGUUGUUGAGGGAGAGCUUCACCGUUGUGUCGAUUCGUGAUAGAUGGAAAUUGAGAAUCUCCUCCCUCUUAAUAAUUAUUUUUCUUGAAUGUAACUUCCGAUCUGAGUUACGAAAUGAAUCUCAUUGGCA